AUGGCAUCCAUCAAAACCCGCAUCUGCAUGAUCUCAGACACUCAUACAAGCACACCACACCCACCCCAAAGAACAGACCAUGCCUACCGCUACCCCCUCCCAGAAGCAAACAUCCUCCUUCACGCCGGCGACCUCACAAAAGUGGGGUACCGCGUCGAACACGAAGCAAUGAUCUCCAUGCUCACCUCCGCCUCCGCCGAACUCAAACUCGUAAUAGCAGGAAACCACGACAUAACCCUCGACGAGGACUACUUCACUUCCUUCGGCUACACCCGCCACCAACGCCCAGAACAACUAGGCGAACAAUCCAUCCUGUUAUCAGACGAUGAUGACCUCCAAAACACCCUCCGUACCCCAACCCCAAAUAAAGAAUCCCUAAAAGCCUAUGCCGCCUCUAUUAAAUCCCUCUGGACAAGCGAAGAAGCCCGAAAAGCAGGAAUAAUCUACCUAGAAGAAGGAACUCACUCCUUCACACUCUCAACAGGAGCAUCAUUCACCAUCUACGCUUCGCCCUACCAACCAGAAUUUUACAAUUGGGCUUUCGCAUACCCCCGCGACGAGGAUAGAUACAACCCCGCCCCAGCUACACACCCACAGCCCGAAAACCCAAUCCCGGAUUACCCUACCAUCGACAUAAUGUUAACCCAUGGCCCGCCCGUCGGAGUCCUGGAUCAGGUCCCGCCUGAUCUGAAUGUCGGCUGUGAACAUCUUCUCCGCGCCGUGCGGCGUGCAAAGCCGCGUUUGCAUCUCUUCGGUCAUAUUCAUGAAGGAUGGGGUGCACAGCGGGGGGUGUGGGAUGAUGAGGUGGGUAGUGGUGUUAGGCUCGAAGAUGUGUCCAGGGAUGCGGAGGAGAUGUUGGAGAAUCGGGGGGCGUUUUGUGAUGUUAGUGCUGGGGCGGAGAGGCCGUUGAGGGUUGGGGAGGAGACGCUUUUUGUUAAUGGGAGUAUUAUGACGGUCAAUUAUGAAGCGAGGAAUGCGCCGUGGGUGGUGGAUUUGGAGCUUCCGGUUGUUGGGGGAUAG